AUGUCUCGUGAAAGUAUUUCUGUAUCAUCUAAUCGAAGCAAACAAUCUGUACCAUCAAAUUAUAGUCGAACACUUAAACCAUUAGAACAUGUACCAUCUCUACCUGAUCAAAUAUUUGCUCAAUUACGUAAAUUUCGUAUUGUUGGAAAAUCAAUUAAUGCACGAAAUAUUGAUGAACUUUAUCCUGGUUUAGAUGAUUUACUUGUUCGAUGUUUAAGAACAGGUGAUUAUCGACAAUUACACAGUCGUUUCAAUCGAAAUUUAAAACCAGAAUAUAUAUUAAUAACUGGCAAACAUAUACAUAUUAGUGUAUGUUCACGAACACAAGAUAUACUUGAAAAACUGGUAGAGAUGGGAGCAACAAUUGAUCUUCAUUUUUAUGAACCAAUUCAUAUCGAAGAAUUAGAAUUAAUGUGCAAAUAUGGUUUUGAUAUAAAUGAACGUUUACUAAAAUAUAAUAAUCAAACACCACUUUCAUUAUUUAUAACUAAAAAUUAUUCUAUUCCAAUGCUUAAUGUCUUAAUCAAAAAUGGUGCACGAUUUGAUUCACAAGAUAAUAAUGGUCAAACAUGUCUUCAUACUGCAUGCCAAUCAUCAGUAACCGAUGCAGUUUUUGAAUUUAUCAUUAAUAAUUCACCUGAUUCAUGUUUAAAUAUUCGAAAUAAUUUAGGUAGUACACCACUUGAUCUAGCAUAUUUAUCAACAUAUGAACAAGCAAGUUUAUCACGAAUGCGUCGUUUACAUUUAUUAUUAUCACGUAAAGAAGGUAAAUUAACACGUUAUGGUAUGCGUGAACCAAAUUUACUUUCAACAAAACAAUAUAAAUUAUUUAAUAUUAUAGCAUGUAAAGAAUUUUUAUUUAAAUAUCGUCUUAGAGAUAUAUUUGAUCCAUCUAUGCGUUCAUUAACAUGGUGUAUAUUUUUAUUUUAUGAUGUUUUACGAGCAUGUGAACAACCAAAUACAAGUUUAACACAACAAAAAAUUCAACAACGUCUUGAUUGUUAUUUAAUAUCAAUGAUUGAAAAUGGUGAAAUAUCAUUAGAUAGAUUAAUAUUUCGUUCGAAUGCUCAUCUUGAUAAUCCAUUGAACUCAGAAAAUUUUUCUUUAUUAAAUGAAUCUGAACAACAAAUUUUAAUAGAAAAACAAAAUUCAUUUACACAUAUGGCACAAAUGAAAAGUAGAUUAAGUGAUAUACGUAUGCAAACACUUACUUUAAAAGUUUUAUGCCGAAUUAAAAUUAAAAAUGAAAUUCGAACAUAUCCAAAUGAUAUCGUUAAAUUAGAUUCAUUAUCAAAAAUACAUCAAGCUUAUUUAACGUAUUAUAAUCCAUUUAUUAAAACUGAUGUCACAGAUUAA